AUGCACCUCGUAUCUAAACUCUAUGACUACCAACGGUGGAAAGCCCUAGUAAUUCCCACUUUGGUCUAUGCCGUGGCCGAUGCGGUGAUGAUAUAUGCGCCAGCUCUAUUCAAUAGCGACCUCGCCCCUUCGGACGAGGAAGUCACGAUGGUGGAAAUGUCGUACCUUGUGGCAUCUGAUAUCCUGGUAGCUGGGUGCAUGCUAUUUGACCAAUUAUUCCUCCUUCUUCCCUCUUACGUAGUGUUAAUACUGGUCCAGACGAGUCUUCUGCCGCCCGCCUGCAAGACGCUAGUCUCAAUGCCGACACAGCAGCAGUGGGGUAGACAGGUGAAGGAGAUCUUUGAGGCUAACGGAGGUCCGCUUCGAGCACAGGAGGCGGGCGCGGAUGGUAGGGGUGGCACAGGUGCUCUGGUGUCUGCAACUGCAUGGAAAGAUGUGUUUUUGUUUGUUUGGGGUUGCCACGUUGGUGCAUUGCACGAUCUACUUGCUCUAGAAGGGAAUGCCAGCGUCGCUGACUACACCUUCAUGCCUGGUUUCUCGAUGCGAAUUGGUCUUGUGGAUCAACUAGGUCGUGGGUUUAGUUAUGGAGAGGGGGAGGAUGACAAGGGGAAUUAUCAGUAUGGCAGCCAGGUUUCUCCGAGAUAG